AUGGUCAUCGACAGUAAGGCCGGAGAGGCCGGGUCAGCGCCCGUCCGGCCGCCCAGGAGGAGUUUCACGGAAGACCUCUCCUCUACUUUCAGCUCGCCGCUGGCCUGGAUCCUGGUCCUGGCGCUAAUCAUAACCUGGUCAUGUGUUUUUGUCAUUAUGUUCGAUCUGAUGGACUACAAGACCGUUUCAGAUCGACCGCCUCUCAUCAGGAAAGUUUUAAAGGAUUCAGGCCGUAGAGGAGGUCUCAGCAAAAUGCGCUCGGACCCGUUGAGGGUGGUGAACGAUGCGGUGGAAGAGUCGACCAACCUGGUCUCCGCGGUGUUAAACUUCGCCGCCAGCCUGAUUGCUCCUGAUGAAGAAGACGGAGGCCUGUACGCAGUGAGGAAAAAAGGAGAAUUUCUACCAUCAAGAAGUAAAGUCAUAGGAAUGCAGGCCAAGGAGAAGCUGCCGGCCAUUGAAGUGGAAGAGGAGGGAGAGGAGUUGGGAGAGGAAGAGGGGGAAGAGACUGAUGAGGUGGAGGCCCCGGCAGAGGAGGAGAAACAGGAGGAGUUAGAAGGAGAGGAAGACGAGGAAGAAGAGGAUGACGAGGGAUAUGAUGAGGAGUAUGAUGAUGAGGAGUAUGAUGAGGAGUAUGAUGAUGAGGAAUAUGAUGAGGAGUAUGACGAGGAGGAGUAUGAUGAUGAGGAGUAUGAUGAGGGGGAGAGUGGAUGA